AUGACCGAUAAUCAAGUAGCCAAUCUCCUACCACCACCACGAACCGGUGCUAUUCCUAUUAAUCAACCACAACAAGUGGAACAAAUUGAUUCACAAACACCAUUUAUCAAUAACAGCCACAUUCGACAAACAUCGACAGUGGCGAGAGGCUGUUUUCAUUUUGAUCUGAAGAGCGGCAGAUUUGCUUUCCAAGUACCGUUACACAAUAACUCAUCAUUCGGUCGUAGUGGUAUAUCUUGUUUAACUCAACUCAAACAAUUUUCAUUUUAUCAAGCAUUGAUAAGUGAAUUUGUUGGAACAAUGUUUUUGACAUUGUUUGCAUGUAGUACCGGUUUGCCUAUUGGUCGUCGUCAGGAAGUGCCUGAUUUACAUGGUAUUUUAGUUGGAGGACUAACACUAUCGACACUAAUCGUCUGUUUUGGACAUGUAUCUGGUUGUAACAUAAAUCCAGCAGUAACACUAUCACUCUUAUUUGCUUGUCAUAUUGAUAUUAUUCGAACCAUUUGCUACAUUGCUGUCCAACUAUUAGGUGCAUUCUGUGGUAGUUGUCUAUUAAAAUCACUUGCUCCAACAAUUGCACGAGAAAAACUCGGUGUAACAAAUAUUAGUGAAGGUGUAACAGUUCAACAGGCAUUCAUUGUUGAACUCAUAAUUACAUUUAUACUCUGUUAUACAAUAUUAGCUGCGUGUGAUAAAAACCGUGAAGAUGUUGGCGGAUCGAAAGCACUAUCAAUUGGUAUAGCGUUGAUAAUCGGUUCACUAUUUGGUGGACCAUACAGUGGAGGCAGUAUGAAUCCGGCACGAUCAUUUGGACCGGCAGCCGUCGCAGGAAUAUGGAAAAAUCACUGGAUCUACUGGUUCGGCCCGAUUACAGGUGGUGUGGCUGCAGCCAUAUGUUACAACCAUAUACUCAAACAGCGAAUAAUUCCACAACCCGUUGUUGAAUCGUAUCCACUAAAAAUACUCUCCAAAGUAUGA